AUGACACAAUUCAAUUUCCAGAAGCCUUUGUUAGGGCCUCCUGAUGGCAGCUUGUUGGAUGGAGAUGGGGUGAACGUUGCGACAAAAGUAAUUGUGAAAACACGAACAGAAUAUCAGCCUGACCAGAAGAACAAAGGAAAACUCAGAGUGCCCAAAAUUGCUGAAUUCACAGUCAGUUUCACUGAUGGUGUAACAGAAAGACUAAAGGUCACUAUUCUCAUAAGUCUGGCUCUUGCAUUCCUUGCCUGCAUAGUGUUUCUUGUGGUAUACAAAGCCUUUACUUACGACCACAGUUGCCCAGAUGGAUUUGUGUAUAAGCACAAGCGGUGCAUCCCGGCCUCGCUGGACGCGUACUACUCCGCACAGGAUUCCAACUCCCGGGGCAGGUUCUACACUGUCAUCAGCCACUACAGCAUGGCCAAGCAGACCAGCUCCCGGGCCGUAUCGCCUUGGCUGUCUUCAGGAUCGGCAAACCAUGAAGCCAAGGCUGCCAAGACAGAAGGUCAUUAAAGUUAACAAGUGGUGACGGGCAAAGUGGGAGGGUGUGAGGACAACACCAGGUCUAUACUGCAUUGCUCUAGCUGAGGGUGCUGUGCUAACAGCAUGACAGGAAUAAAUACAACCCAAGUGCAGGAGUAAUCUUAAUGGAUAUUUCUUUUCGUGCAUUGUUCUUGUUGAUUUGUAACUGAGUUGAGCUCUUGUACAAAGGCAUGUUUGAUGUUGACUGUACCUUACAAUGUAAAAAUAUUUUUAAAUCAUUGCUUAACUAUUUGUUAGAAAAA